AUGCGCGCAUCCCACAUCCGGAAGAUGUCCGGCACCUUUGGGAGCCAGUCGUUCGGGAGCUGGAACAAAUGGAAGACUGUCAAGACACAUAUCGAGGGACCAGUACGAGUGGAUACAAGGCAGCUUGAUGAAGCAUAUGACUUUCUACAGCAACAUGCAGCGACAGAGAACCAGGUGCUUGACAUCGCAUAUGUCAGGAGAAAGAUUGAUCGGCACAUUCCAGUGUGUCUGUACUUCGUGUACGCGAUCCAGUCCCUGGACAAGUUCCUCUUCAACUAUGCUGUAGUAAUGGGCAUGCCCGAAGACCUGAACCUCCAAGGCGAACAGCUCAACCACGCCUCCGCCGCGCUCUGGGAAACCUACCUCGGCACAACAAUCAUAAUCGGUUUCGUCCUCAACCGAGUACCCAUAGGUAAAUGGCUCGGUGGUGUUCUCACCAUCUGGGGCAUCCUCGUCACUUGCACGGCCGCCGUUCAAAGUUACCACGGUCUGGUAGCGCUUCGAGUCCUCAUGGGGAUUUGCGAUGCCACGAUACCGCCUGCUUGCAUGAUCAUCUCAUCGCAGUACUACCGCAAAGAUGAGCAAGUCAUCCGCUACGCCGGCUGGUACACUUCCGUCGGCUCCGCCAUGAUCCUCGGCGGCCUCAUCUCCUACGGCUUCCAGCACCUCACCACUACCGCGAUCGAGGGUUGGAGAGUGAUGUACAUCGUACUAGGUGGCAUCAGCAUCAUCAUUGGCAUAAUAACGUUCAUCCUCCUCCCGGACUCCCCGAUGCAAGCCUGGUUCCUCUCCGACGCAGAAAAGUCCGCAGUGCUCAAACACGUCGCUAUAAAUGGCACAGGCGUCUCCAACCGCUCUUUCAGCUCCCAUCACAUCAUCUCCGUUUUAAGGGACCCACAGCUCUACUUCCUCACCGCAGGUGUCAUCGCCGUCGGCAUUUCAGCCGGGAUCGUAACCCUCUACUCUACCACCCUCGUCCGCGGAUUUGGCUACACUCCCAAAGAAGCCGCAUUGCUCAACAUGCCCAGCGGCCUCGUCGGCGCUACCGCCGUCCUCAUCGCAGGUCUCUGCAUCCGGAAACUCUGGAUCCCCCGCUGGGCCAUCUUCGCCGCCUGUAAUUGCUGCUCCAUCAUAGGCUCCGCCAUCAUGUCCUUCAUGCCCCACUCCAACCGCGCAGCCAUGCUCGCCGGAAUCUACAUCGCCUUCGCCGGCAUGCCAACAAUCAUGAUCUCCUUCCAAUGGACCGCCGCCAACGUGGCCGGCCACACCAAAAGAAGUAUCGCCGUCUCGCUCAUGUCCGCUGGCCUGGCGAUUGGCAACAUUAUUGGACCUUAUGCGGUGCGGCAGCAGGAUGCGCCGGAUUUCAUGCCGGCGCGGAUAACGCUGGUGGGGACUGAGGCCGGGGCGGCGGUGAUUGUGUGUUGUUUGGCGUUGUAUUAUAUGAGUAUUAACAAUUGGAGGGAUAAGAAGUGGGGGAGGGAGGUGAGUGUUGGUGCGUUGCAUAAGGAUUGCUGGGAUAAUUUGACGGAUGGGGAGAGAAGGGGGUUCAGGUAUGUCUAUUGA